AUGGAGCUGCAGUCUGUAGGGUCUGGUGAGGGGAAGGAGAACCAAGAGAAAGAGGUUCCACAGGAGAACGGUUCCGGAGUGAAGAACCGGCGAUCAGGAGGAGGAGGAGGGGAGGAGAGCAGGCGGAGCUCCCAGCGCAGGGAGGAGGCGGGGUCUAAGUUCCGUAGCCCCGGCGGUAGCUCAUCAUUGGCUGAGGAUGGAGAGAGGGAGGGACAGAUCACUAAGAAUUACCAGGAGACCGGGUCAGUGGGUGGAGACAUGUCCGCGCCGUCGCCACGGAGAUAUGGGGGCUGCAACGCCCCCGAAGGCUGCUCCGACGACGAGCCAGAGGUCUGCAGGAUCUGCCACUGUGAAGGAGACGAGGAGUGUGUGUUGAUAACUCCGUGCCGCUGUACAGGCAGCAUGAGGUUUGUUCACCAGGACUGUCUCAACCAGUGGAUCAAGUCAUCAGACACACACUGCUGUGAGCUGUGCCAAUACAACUUCAUCAUGGAGACUCACCUUAAACCUCUACGUAAGUGGGAGAAGCUCCAGAUGUCGACCAAUGAGAGGAGGAAGAUCUUAUGCUCCCUGAUGUUCCACCUGGUGGCUAUUGGUUGUGUUCUCUGUUCCGUAUACGUCCUCGUCAACAGAACCCUCCACGAGAUCAACCUGGGACGCAACACCGACGACAUGUGGAGAAUAUCAGUGAUGAAGUACUACACUGCUGAGGGUGUGUUGGAGUGGCCGUUCUGGAUGAAGCUGGUCAUCGUGGCGAUAGGCAUGGCAGGCGGACUGGUGUUCAUGUACGUCCAGUGUAAAGUGUACUGGUUGCUAUGGAGACGACUCAAAGCCUUCAAUCGCAUCAUCACUGUGCAGAACUGCCCCGAGAAGCCGCCGCCCACCAAUGCCGCGCUGGCCAAUGGGAAUCACCCUGAGGCCGUGGAAGUCCCGAUAGGCCCCGCCCCCGAGGUUAUCCAGAUGGACUCCGACCUCUCGGAGGAAAACCCCGUCUGACACCCACACACACCCACACACACCCACCCA